UUAAAGUUCUUAUUGGAGAGAACUUAUUGUGGGCCCUUAAAACCAUGUAUAUAUAUUUAAGCACCCAUGCUAUCUACCAUUCACUCAUUCACAAGAUCUUAUCAGAUUCAAGUUUUAAGAGGGAGUAGCCAAAGUUUAAGAGAAACCCACAUUCUGUACCUGACCUUAGGUGUACCAAAACUGCUAUUGCUAGUCCUUACCCAUCUCCCACUCCUAUUCUUCACAAAUAUUUUCUCCAGAUGAAGCCUUCUUUAUUAGUCUCUCUUCUGCUUCUGUCCUUUCUCCUCCACGAGGCUAAAGGGAUUCGCUUGGAAAAAGGAUUUAUGCAAGUUGGGCAUCAAAAAAUCCAUGAGGACAAGAGUUCCCUGAUAGAAAGAAGUAGUGGUGCUUUUGGAGAGGUUAUUCUCUGCAAAGAAGGGCAUUGUACAGGAAUGAAUAGAAAACUUACUACUGUGACCACCUCUACUACUUCUCCCACCACCACCUCCUCCAAGAAUGAGGAAAAUAGAGGAGAAAAUAAAGCUAAUUCAAUGUCUUCAAAGGACAGAUCAAGUAAUGGAGAAGUAGUUGGGGAACGAGAGAAAUUUACCAUUAAUUCAUCGCCAACUUCUGCGCGCCAGGAGGUGACCCACGAUGAUCACUAUGUGGACAUUAUGGACUAUUCUCCAGCAAGAAGAAAGCCUCCAAUACAUAACUAAUUAAAUGUUAGAGAGAGAAUAACAGUAUUAGGACAAAUAAUAAAAAUAAAAAAAAUAAUGGAUAAAAGUUGAACAGCAUUACAGAAAAUGCUGCAGCUUUUUAGGGCUAGGAAUUGAUUCUGUACAUACUAUAAUUCCUUAUUAUAGUAAUUUUUUUUUACCAUGAUUUUGAUGAUUGAGUCAGUCAUGAGCGCUUUGAGGGAGCUCACUCGGUAUUGUAACCAGAUGUAAGGUACCAUUGUUAUAUAUAAAAUUCAUUUCUUGUAUUAAACAAAA